CAGUAGCUGUAAUGUGCCUGAGAACUCUCCCCAAUGCUCUGAGUCUCUUAGUCAGCAUCAGGAGAUUCAGACUGUGCGGCAUGCUUCUGAGAAGAGUGGAAAAGGGAAAGCCCUCAAAAGAAAGAAGAAAUGCAUUGCAUUUGAGAGGGUUCAUAUAGAAGAGACCUGUAAAAAUAAGUCAGCUUCCACUGUCAGACAUGCAGCCAAGAUAGGAAAGGAAACUUUUCAGAGAAGCCCUAGUCAUAGUAAACAGCAGAUACACACAAGGAAGAAAUUAUUAGAAUCUACUGACUGUGAGGACACUCUGAUUAGCAAAUCAAAUAUUACAGUGAGUCAGAAAGCACAUAUGCGCAAUAAGCCUUACAUGUGUAAACCUUGUGGGAAAUCUCUCAAUUGUAAAUCCUGUCACACCUUUCAUGAAAUGACUCACAAAAGGGAGAAGAUGCAUAGGUGCAAUGAAUGUGGAAAAACUACCUAUUGGAAGUUAGAGUUUAUUAGAAAUCAGACAAUUCAGAAAGCUAAGAAGCCUAAUGAAUGUGAUGAAUGUGGAAAAGCCUUUUCUCAUAAAUCACUCCUGAAAACACAUCAGAAAAUUCACACACAGGAGAAGCCACACAAAUGUAAUGUUUGUGGAAAAGCCUUUUUCCAGAAAUCACUGCUUUUAACCCAUAAGAGAAUUCACACUGCUAAGAAAACUUAUGAAUGUAAAGAGUGUAGAAAAGCCUUUUGGUUGAAGUCAGACCUCAUCAAACAUCGGAGAAUUCACACAGGGAAAGCUUAUAAAUGUAAUGAGUGUGGAAAAGUCUUUUGCUGUAAGUCAUACCUUACUAAACAUCAAAGAAUUCAUACAGGGGAAAAACCUUAUGAAUGUAAAGAGUGUGGAAGAGCCUUUUGCUGGAAGUCUCACCUCACAACACAUCAGAGAAUGCACACAGGGGAGAAGCCAUAUGAGUGUAAUGAGUGUGGGAAAGCUUUUUACUGGAAGUCAGAUCUCAUUAGACAUCAUAGGAUUCACACAGGAGAAAAACCUUAUGAGUGCAAAGAGUGUGGGAAAGCCUUUUGCCAGAAAUCAAUCCUCAUUACUCAUCAGAAAAUUCACACAGGGGAGAAACUUCAUGAAUGUACACAAUGUGGAAAAGCAUUUUGCCAGAAGUCACACCUCCUAAGACAUCAGACUGUUCACACAGGCAUAAAGCCUUAUGAAUGUAAUGAAUGUGGAAAAGCCUUUUCUCAUAAAUCACUCCUGAAAACACAUCAGAAAAUUCACACACAGGAGAAGCCACACAAAUGUAAUGUUUGUGGAAAAGCCUUUUUCCAGAAAUCACUGCUUUUAACCCAUAAGAGAAUUCACACUGCUAAGAAAACUUAUGAAUGUAAAGAGUGUAGAAAAGCCUUUUGGUUGAAGUCAGACCUCAUCAAACAUCGGAGAAUUCACACAGGGAAAGCUUAUAAAUGUAAUGAGUGUGGAAAAGUCUUUUGCUGUAAGUCAUACCUUACUAAACAUCAAAGAAUUCAUACAGGGGAAAAACCUUAUGAAUGUAAAGAGUGUGGAAGAGCCUUUUGCUGGAAGUCUCACCUCACAACACAUCAGAGAAUGCACACAGGGGAGAAGCCAUAUGAGUGUAAUGAGUGUGGGAAAGCUUUUUACUGGAAGUCAGAUCUCAUUAGACAUCAUAGGAUUCACACAGGAGAAAAACCUUAUGAGUGCAAAGAGUGUGGGAAAGCCUUUUGCCAGAAAUCAAUCCUCAUUACUCAUCAGAAAAUUCACACAGGGGAGAAACUUCAUGAAUGUACGCAAUGUGGAAAAGCAUUUUGCCAGAAGUCACACCUCCUAAGACAUCAGACUGUUCACACAGGCAUAAAGCCUUAUGAAUGUAAAGAGUGUGAGAAAGCUUUUUGGCAGAAGUCUUCCCUCAUUAAGCAUCAGAGAAUUCAUAUGGUGGAAGAGGUGUCAGAGUAAUGAAUAUGGAAAAUCUUUUGUUAGAAGUAAUACCUUAUAAUUGUGUGAAUGCAUUUCCUGGGAGGUAUAAGUUUGUUAUGAAUCAGAAAAUUCAUGAUUAAUGGUUAAUUUAGUGACUUUAGAAAACCUUUUGAAGAAAUCCCAUAUGGACAAGGACUAUAAACAAAAUAAGAUUCAUAGAAAUCAAGUAAUCUCCAGUUGCAGCAGUCCAUGAAUACGGUUAUACAAGCUUUCUAGUGAUAGCUUUUUUCUAAACCAAGUGGAUCUCUCUUUGCCUUUCUGAUAAUCACACCUGUAAUCAAUUAAGAUUGAAGUAACUGGUCGGAAGUUAGAGUUACAAUCCUUUGUAGCGUUGAUGAAAAUAAAAGCAGUUAACUGACCUAA